UCGAAGAAAAGAGAGGAGUAUAAAACUGGGAAAGAGGCUGCACCAAAUCAGUCCCAGGCAGAGAUGGCCAAGCUCAUUGUGCUCACCGGUCUGGUGCUCCUGCUCAACGCCCACAUAGGCUCGGCCUAUGUGCUGUCAUGUUACUUCACCAACUGGGCCCAGUACCGGCCUGGCCUGGGAGCCUUUAUGCCUGACAAUAUUGACCCCUGCCUGUGCACUCACCUUCUAUAUGCCUUUGCUGGAAUGAACAACAACGAGAUCGCGACCAUUGAAUGGAAUGAUGUGACCCUUUACAAGUCCUUCAACGGCUUGAAGAACCAAAAUAAAGAUUUGAAGACCCUCCUCUCCAUCGGAGGAUGGAAUUUUGGAACAGACAAGUUCUCGGCAAUGGUUUCCACUCCUGAGAACCGCCAGACCUUCAUCAAGUCYGUCAUCAAAUUCCUGCGCCAGUAUGAAUUUGAUGGGCUUGACAUUGACUGGGAAUACCCAGGGUCUAGGGGCAGCCCAGCUCAGGACAAGAGUCUCUUCACUGUUCUUGUAAAGGAAAUGCUGGCAGCCUUUGAGCAGGAAGCUCAACAGGUCAACAAGCCCAGGCUCCUCAUCACUGCUGCCGUUGCUGCUGGACUUUCCAACAUCCAGUCUGGCUACCAGAUUGCUGAGCUUGGAAAAUACCUGGACUACUUCCAUGUGAUGACUUACGACUUCCAUGGUUCAUGGGAUGGACACACCGGAGAGAACAGCCCUCUGUACAAAGGCCCAGCUGACACCGGCAGCUACAUCUACUUCAAUGUCGAUUAUACUAUGAACUAUUGGAAGAGCAACGGUGCCCCAGCCGAGAAGCUCCUUGUUGGAUUCCCAACCUAUGGACACAACUUCAACCUCCAAAACCCCUCUGACACUGCUCUCGGCGCACCGACAUCAGGACCUGGGCCUGCUGGACCUUACACGCAAGAGGCUGGCACGCUGGCUUACUAUGAGAUCUGCACUCUGCUGAAAUCUGGAGCCACCCAAGUUUGGGAUGCCCCCCAGGACGUGCCCUAUGCCUACAAGGGCAGCACAUGGGUUGGCUAUGACAACAUCAAGAGCUUCAACAUYAAGGCUGACUGGCUGACCAAAAACAAAUAUGGAGGUGCUAUGGUUUGGGCCAUUGAUCUGGAUGAUUUCACAGGCUCUUUCUGCAAGGAGGGCAAAUACCCCCUGAUCACCACUCUGAAGAACGCUCUUGGUCUGCAAAGCAGCAGUGAGUAA